AUGGCCACAGACAAGUCGAAGGCCGCGGUAGCAGCGCUCGAGCGGUUCGUUCAUACCGAGCAAGAGGAGGUCACGCUAGACAAGUCUAAAGCAGCAAAAGGGGACGCGUCGCGGCUGAACGACAGUGUCUACGACUGGACCCAAACGUAUGAGCAAUGGGACGCGUGGGAAGACCCGGAAGAACUUGCAAAGCAGGAACAGACGACUCGAGACCGGCGUGAACGUACCUCCAGAGCUCAAUUGGGCUGUGCGCACGACCACUCUGCCGAGCAAAAGUUGAUGGACAUGACAACUGCAGCAAAAUUGGCAGCGUGCGAGGAGUUUCGAGUGCUCGGUAACCUUUUCUACGAGCACGGCCAAAACCAACGAGCUGCACUGCACUAUCACAAAGCACUCGUGUACUUUGAGUAUGUGUUUACAGACACAGACGAAGAGGAAGCAGAGGCAGAGGCACUCAAGCUGAAGGUGUUGCUGAAUGUUGCAGCCUGUAGACUCAAGACGGUGCAUCUUGACGACGCCGUGCACCAUAUUGAUCAGGCACUGGAAAUCGACGCCGGUAACGUGAAGGCGCUCUACCGUCGAGCACAGGCUUUCCGACGGAUGGACAAGUUUGAUCUCGCGCAACGAGAUCUUGCGUGUGCAUUGAGACUUUGCAGAGCUGCAGGUGAUUCGCAGUCAGUAGCUUUGCAUUUGAUGCAAGAAAAGAAGCUGCUGCAAGCGAAAGCACUUGCUUACAAGUUGCGAACGAAGCAAGUGUCGGAUGCGAUGUUUGGCAACAGAGCACCACAAGACAAGGCGCUGCUGCGUCCCGCGCCUAAAAGUGCCAAUGGACGUCGAAUUCAUGAUGGGGGCACAAUGAAUCUCAGUUUGUCGAAGAGGUCUGACUCGAUCCUGACGUCGUUUUGUGAUAAUUGCAAGUGUUGGAGCGCGUUUCAGCCAUCUACUCGAGGACUAGACGAACUUCAGACAUUGAUAACGACGCUUGACGAGCGAACGAUGGAGACUUAA